GCCUGUUGAGGACUGACGACAACUGAUUUUUUUUCUGAAUUCCUGAAUAGUACAAUUUGUCACCAACCAAGGUUAUUUGGGUGAAAACAGGUUUAUCCCCAGUACCUAUUGUCGCGUUUGUAUCCCGUCGCCGGAGCUGAAAAAAGAAAACAGACAGUAUGCAGUCGAUUAUUUAUGUUCUGAAUAAAACGUGGCUGGGUUUAAAACUGCAAGUUCACUACCACUACCAGCGAGUAUCUGCUGUUUUUUCAGAAGUAGAAUGAAUUGAUCGGUGAAAAAUGGUGGAACUGCGAACUUGGACGAGAAACGAGCACAAUGAAGCACCACAUUAUGUGACUUGAUCGAGGACGUCGUCCAUUCAUUUGUCGUCAGUUUUGUCAACUCUUUUGUUUUUAAAAUGUGCGAGUGGAUCGAGUUCAUUUUGAAAUAAGCUGAUGGAGAAGUAGCGGUGAGCUUUUGGCAGGAUUUUGGACUGGAAAGGUAUACACAGUGUGAUUGUGAAGGUAAUCUAAAUAUCAGCGUGUUUGAGACACUGUCUACUGCACAGGCCUAGCCUACAAAGAAUGAAAAGGACUUGCAAUUGGAACAGACAACUGAAGUAUCAAAUGACGGGCACUCAAAUUUCAGUGUGUCAUUCACAAAAGGAAUUCUUCACCCAUCCGGACUUUAGUAUUGAAAUUGUGAAAGAAAGAGAAGCUAAUGUUUGCUAAAGUUUAACCUGGAACAACAGUAGACCAAGCAUUGUGGCUGCGUAAUACAACCUCAGAAAGUUGCUCAGACACAUGGACAGCCUGAAAUUUGAAAUAUGACUCUGUAGUUUACACUUUUUUCUGUCGGCUACGACCACUUCAGUUGUGUGCAUUGGUUGGAUUUUGAGUGCGAGAAAUCAGGUUAAUGCUACCAAAAGGAUAAAAAGCCAACUUAUCAGGGGGCCUUGGAAUGGCUGUGCUUGACUGUUGUCAUCCAUCUAUCUGCCCUCUGAUUGGAUGGUGACUUGAAACCACGUUGAUCACGAUAACCCCAACUGAUAAUGAAUUUUUCCGCCACCGUGACUUACUGGGAUAUAUACACCAUCCCGGAAAGAAAGAAGAUAUAUUGAAGGGAAAAAAAACGCUACUGUUUUUGUCUUGUUGUCUUGGGCAAAUACGUACUUUGCAUGUUUGCUCAGUUGAUGAUAAUGAAAACAAACAAGCUAUAGGGUCUGUGUUGGGAGGCCAUGGGGUCUUUCUGUAGGUUCUCUGCCAUCAUUUGUGCCCUGACAAGUUGUCAAUACUGGCACGCAGCUCACGACCGCCACGCAGUGCUGAAUCACUGGACAUGGCCAGCACACGAGAUCGGCAUGCGAAUGCUGUGACAAACAAAGAAGGUUCUGGUAUGGAGGGGGCAGGAGUCCCCCAGAGACAGGGAAUGGCUACUAGGAUUCCAGCCCCAAAAUGGAAGACAACAGCAAAAUGCAGUGGAACUGAUUUACCAACAACAAAACCGACAACGGGUACCCACAAAACAGGCAUCCGACCCGCGCAGGUACGGACAAACCCACGGGUAACACGGCAGGGUGUGCGUAGUAAAGCCGACAGUGAAAGUUCCAACGACUCAGUCAGGAGUCCAACAGUUUCCAGGACAGAGCAGGAUUUUGAAGGCAGUAGGACUGGCUUGCGAGAGAAUCUUUCACCCCUCUCUCCAUCAACAACAUUGACCCGUCGUGGGGCGUUUAGAUACGGUCGUGGAGUUAAACCACUUGAGGUUCUCAAUUUGGGAUCGGGAGCAACAACCCUGCCUCGGAUGCGACCCAAGAGAGGAAGAGAUCCUCGAAACUUGGACAUUUUCACCAAUCCUGAAGUGUUUGAUGCACCCUCGAAUGAGGACUCUGGGAAAUCACAAGCAACCAAGAAAGACAAACAGACGAAAGGUGAGCAACCGAACACCUCGACGAGGAAGACCUCGCAGAGGCCACAAAGUCUAGGGAGGGUCUCUGGAAUCAGGCAAAUGUUCCAAGAGAGUGCAAAGAUAACCAAGCCAGGAGUUCCAAAAGCAGCAGGUCCUAGAAUAUCCAAGGGCAUCAAGGGAGGAACUGGCCCUGAAAAAGGGGUAGAUAAUAAAAGCGAGUCAAAAAGUCCUGAACCCCUUCCAGUGAGCAAUCAUUCUCAACUUGGGGCAAAAACUGACAAACCCAGGGACCAGAAACAAAUAAAAAAUACCAUGAGUCAUUCAAGAACUUCUCCAAAUAAGGUAAAUUCAGAUAUAAAUCCUAGGCCAACAAGAUCAGUUCAUUCAGAGCAGAAGACUAUAGAAAUGUCCCCAAAGGCACCACCAAGACGGCAGCGUACUCUACCAUCAUCAACCAAUGGACUUUCAUCGAAUCGGACUCCCAUCCCUAAAACUUACAAAAUCCCUCAGGAAACAAGUAACACAGUAAGGUCACCCGGUACUCCAGAGCCCCCUCCUAGGCAUUCAAAGCAUGUGAGUGCUGGUUCAGCCAGCCCCAGAGCCAUCCCAACAAACAUUCCUAGGCCUCAGAGUCUGAAGCGUAGGGUAUCAUAUCAGCCUGGACCAACACAAGCCACACUGUCGCCAAGACAUUCUCUCCCAGCGAACACUAGGACAAGACUGUCCAACAAGUCGUCUCUCAGUUUCCCGCAAGGAACCAAGAGCCUCAGCCCCAUCGAUGCCGUGAAGAACCAUGAGGAGCGACAGAGGUCACAUUCUGCAAGUCAGAUUCCAUUGCCCAUCUCCCGCAGGUCCAGCCUUCCCCAGUACCGACAGGUCAAACUGAGACAUAAGGUACCCCAGUCAGACCGGCCAAGCCCAAUAUUCCGGCUGAGUCUAGAUGGAGCAGACAGUGGCACUGAAUAUUCCUCUUCUCUAACCACCACCCCCUCCGAGUGCUCCAUAGACAUCGACCAGUCCUACGAGGAAGGAUCCCCAGUUUGUCAAACCACACCGUCUAGGUUUUACUCGAUAUCAGGACUUGAUAUGGCAAAAGUUCAAGAUGACUCUUCAACAGAAAAUUUACAAAAGAUGCCAUUCCAGGACACAGAGACUACACCGGACGAUGUGUCCAAGGAAAUCAAGCAAACUUCCAACCUACCAGCAGAAAGUGGGGAAUGUCUACUGCAUGCAAGGCACAGGGAAGAGACUUUGACACACGAAGCAACUUUGACACAAGAAGCAUCCCCAAUCACAGACAUAGUUCCUAAAGACAAAGAAACAAAUCCUGCAGAGUUUGGUUUUGAUGGUGAUGGAUCCACCACACCCAAAAAUGAAACCUCAGACACCACUACCUCAGAGAGAGAAUUGCUAGAAAAUGAGGCGCCGCCCUCUAAAACUUGCAAAUCUGAUUCUCUUGGCAAUACAAAACAAACUGAUCAGCAAAACUCAACUUAUCCAAUUGAAAGGGUUGACCCUUCACAAUCAACGGACAGCAGUAAAUGUGUUGAAGGAGAUGAAUCAGUUUGCCAUACCACACAAAGUAUUAGUGAUUCGGAAAGGAACCUCAAAACCUUUCUGAGAACUGAAGAGACAGUGAGAUCCGUAGAGAGAACUGAAAUAUGUCCUAGAUCCAAAUCUGACACGGAGCAUCCAAAAGCCAUCGGCUUUGCCCAGAGCAGGAUGGGGAGAGAGAUUGCACUGAGAGUUGCAAGGGGAGACCUCAAGGCCAGCUCGGUGGAUGGAGAUGGGGAGACCCUGUGCGAGGUUGCGUCCACCGGAGAGAACCUCUCUGAACCUCAUGAGGUUCCAUCAGCUGAGUCCUCAGUUCCAACCCACAACACGAAGGCAACAGUUGAGGGUACCACUUGUAUUUCAGGAGACCAAGAGAGCACAGUUGGCCCUCAAAACUCCAGGCGGAGGAGAAAAAUAUCCAGCAUUGAGUCACCCCACAAAGCUCUGGCGUCAACUGGAGAUAUCUUGAGAGAUGCCCAGUCUAGCGAUAACCCGGCCAUCAUAAGCGGCUCGAUGAUCUUGGAGAAAAUGAUGGACACGGAGGAAGCCGUACCAAGACCCAACCACCGGAAGAACUCCUUCCACCCUUACGCUAAGGAGAAGUCGGAAGUUGAACAGCGCUACCUGCAAUCCUGCUCCGACCCCAUCAAGCUGCUGGAGUUCCUGAUGAACGUGGAUGACCCACCUAAAGUCAAAGGUCAACGGGGUGAGAGGACAGAGCCCGUGUUGGUGAAACGGAGGGCAAAGUCGGAUGUGCAGAGCCCAAGCCAGCGACGGGGUUCCACGGACAACCAAGAGGUCAGCCGCUGGAGUAUGCCUUCUGCCCUGGAGCAGUGGUCUCAGAACUUCUGGGCUCAGCUUACUAGCACUGGAAGGUCACGCCAGGGCAGUCGCACCAAGGAGCUUGACGUCACUGGCGUCUCGGAUGGCAGAGUACCGGUUACGCCUGAAAUGCCGAGUGCAAACAGUAAAACAAAUCUGACACCUGACAAACGAGAUAGAAUUCAGGGUGUUGAAAGUCAAACUCUCUUAUCCUCAGAAAGAAAAGAUUCCAGAGAAACCUCGCACCCAAAUGCAAGACGACAAUGGCGCAAGCACCGGUGGAGUAUACCAGUUGAGACGGGCAGUCUGCCUCCCUCUAUUGGUGGAACUGAUCCAAUUAAAAAUGUUGCGGAACCAUCUCCCGAGUCGAACAAAAUUGCUGAGCCAACGUUAAAACGAAAAAGCUGGUGGCGCUGGAGUUUUCCCGUCCCUCGACAGAAGUCAUCUCGCUCUUCGCUUUAUGUCAAAAACCCAAAUUCUGAAACCCUCAAACAGGACCCUGUUGCCUCUCAGAAUUCAAAAGAGACCCACCAGCUCCCCUCGAGUCAAGGAAAUAAACAGCUUGCGAAAUCGGCACCCAGUGUACCCUCUCGAAAAUCAGGGAAGCGAGCUCCUUCCUUCUCCGAUAUCGCAGACACAAGUACCUCUUCCCCGAGCCCGGUCAAAAUAUUUGUAGACAGCAGCUAUGCGGAGCAAAACAACGGUUUCUGUCACCCCAAACCCAGCAGAGAUGCAGGUUUAUCAUCCAUCGUCACCGACGACCAACAGCUAUUGAAUGUGUCAGCGGACCAAGUCCCGGUUUCCACGGAGACCGAGACAGCUUCAGACGAUGCAGCGAUAUCAUCAGCCGUCAGAGGGGACCAAAGCUCGGCAAGCUCCGGACCACAAUUCAAGAAGCGCUUGUCAUGGAAACGAGAUAAGAGCCUGGAGAUGGUCUGCUACUUGGAGAGGAGGGAUUCCGGUGAAUUAACGGGGUCAGAAGAUGAGUGCAUCUCAGAUGAAGAGGAAUGCAACGAGAAUGAAUCCCUCAGUCCCCUCUCUCCGCUAGAGUUCAUCCCGGAAUACCAGUCCAAGAUUGAUGACGCUUAUGAUGAUUAUGAUGAUGAAAAUCAAGAUGCAAAUGUACCCUACGUUCUGACAGAUCACAACGAGGAGUUAUCCAGGGCUAGCAAGACAGCCUCAGUUCCCACCUUCUCCGCCUGGGUCCUACCCUCGGAUGAGCUCAAGUCCAAGCUCGAGUCAGUCUACGCCGAGCGACAAAAGUCGGAAAGCGACGAUGCUGGUGGUGAUGUCUGGAAGCUAGACCCCAACGCCCGGAACUCCUUCCAGUCUGGCUCGGCCGGUCAGGAGGAAGACCUCGGAGCAUCUCCAAGCAUCUACCAUCCGGAGAGCAGCAUGCGGGAUGCGGUUGUCAUGUCGAUGGGAAUCGGGAAGAGGCUGUCACUCAAGCAGCGGCUGAGUAUCGACCAGGACUCGGACCUCAAUGAGAACACAGAAACCAUGGGACGGCAAAGCAGAGACAGCAUCAAGGAAGUGUAUUCCGGGAGCAGGAGUCCCACCCUAUCCAUUCUUGCAAACAACAAUCGACCAAAGCUCAGUCGGCAGCGGUCCGGCUCUGGCUCCGACAGUGUCAAGGACAAUCGGCGGAAGCUUGACGACGUCAGUCACAAGUCCCGACUCCGAAUAGAACGUGACAGAGAGAUAAAAUCCUCAGUUAGUCCCUCCAGUCCUGCAAUAAAUGAAACCUCUCAGAACACCCCACCGAAGAGUAGGAAGAGUGGCCAGAGCCUCACGGUGCCAGUGGAGACUGAGAUUAACGGGGAACAAGACAAGGAGAAGGAUACUGACGCCUCUGUUGGAGAAUCCUUGCAAGCCUUCCGACGGAGGAAGAAGAGCAUGGCCAUCGCACUUAGCGAGGGUCUGCUAGACCUCCAAGAGGAGCAUGCAGCCUCAUUGGAGAAGACCUCAGAGCUCCAGAUGGUAUCUCACAUCAGCCAGCUCAACCAGGAGUUGAUGCAGCUGACACAACACUCUCCUCCAGGCACCCCACCAAUCCCAAACUACCAUCGAAGGGGGAGUCUUAAGAGAUCUGGAAGUCGAAGCAGCUUGGCAUCCCUGCCAGGCUCAGCCACAAGCCCCAGAAGUUUCCCCGGGAUUCGCCUGUGGAAAUCAAUUGCCCAGUUCCAAACAACUUCCGAUGAUCCAGCCAUUGUAGCAGACGAGCCAUCAAGCAAUGUGCCGUCACCUGAAAAAGACAGAUCAUCGACACUUCCUGCACCAAAGAAGACUUCCCUGAAAGACGACGAGGACCCCAAAGAGAAAACAGUAUCCCCCAAGCUUCUCCUAUCCAGAAUCAAACAAUGGAGCAAGAAGAAAGGACAGGCCAAGCCAAAAGCGAGGCCUGAGAUUGUGAAAUUAGACCCCAAGGAGCUUCCCGAGGACCAUGGGAAGACAGACAGAGAGGAGAAAGAGGACAAGGAGGAUGACUCCUCAACUCCAACAAAGGGGUCUCUGGAGCAUCUCCCUGAUUAUGUCAACAUCCGCAAUAACAGCCCCAAGCUACCUCACAAGCCUCUGGUCGCAUUCCGGCCAGUCCCCAUGAGCAGGGACACAGCCCUGAGGCAAACCUGGCAUGGCAUGCCAUCUCGUAAGACCAAUGGCAAUGACGAUGACAGGGACGAGGACCGGUUGGGUGGGUCCAACUUCCAGCGGUCCAAUUCCUUACGGCAUCCCAUCCGGCAGAGGAAGCGGGGCGUGUCGCCGAUGGAGAAUGCUCACCUAGUGGCCAUGCACCUGAGCACAGAGACCAUUCCAGGAAGCAGCGUGGACAGUGGCAUCGUCAAAGACAGAGGAACAGAAGAGACAUACUUGGCAGGUGAUAGCGACACGUCGAGCAGCAAUCUGUGCAGUCCUUGUUCAUCCUUGGGCGGCAGCAACCCACCAUCGCGACCUUUGUCCUCUGACAUCGUUGACCUUCAGUGGGAGAAGGGGUCAGUGGAGGGUCAGGCCAUGGCCAAUGGCGGACUCACUGAGGAGAGGAAGCUAUCGGCUGUCACGAUCGGUCGCAGAGAAUCUGGAACUGGAAUUGCCAAGUCAUCACGCCGUCCCAUGGUCUCCCGCCUCAGCAUUUCGCUGAGUUCCCAGCCCCCCAACGCUGCCAGCCCAGACACCCCAGAAGCCAUCACCUCCCCUAAGAAGGUCACCUUCUCCUUGGCCGAAGACAUCACCAAGAAAGCUGUCGAGGAGGACCUGAAGCGACUGCCCAAACCCUUGCAUCUCCCCCGCCGGAUCAAGACAGACCCCGGGGACACGAGGACCAUCGCCUGUGUCGUCAAGGAAGUGGAGGACGAACAGAGAGACGCAUCCAGCCAGCCCCGGCCACCCCUACGGCGCCGCGCCCAGUCGGAGCUCUCCAGCAUACACGAAAGAAGCUGGGAUGACGACAUCAAAGCCCAACCUCCAGCCGUCAAGGAGGAGGCAGACAAGUCCGAGAAGGGCACCCUAGCGCGGCCCAAGAGCAUCCCGGACCAUAUGUCCCUACUCGAGGGGGAAGGAGCUGAGAUGCUGCCCAGGAAGAACUCACUGGCCGAUCUGAUUGGGUCCGAAGUAGGGGAAGUUCUUUCCACAUUUGGGAACCAGUACAAUUUUGAGGCUUACAGUCCAGACACCAUGCCCACCUUUGCCGAGGCGCUCUGGGAUCAUGUGACCAUGGAUGAAUCGGAGCUAGCCUUCAAGGCCGGCGACGUGAUCGAAGUGACGGACAUGAGGGACAAGAAUUGGUGGUGGGGCUGUCGGGACGAGGUCGAGGGAUGGGUUCCUGCACAGUUUGUCAGAUUGCGGGUGAGCCAAGGGGAGACGGUGGAGGAAUGCAUGGAGCGUCUGCGCGAGGAGAGGGAGCAAUCCAACAAGACGCUCACGGCUAAGAAGAAUCGCAAGGUCAGCCUGAGCUUCCUGAGCAACGAGCAAGUCAGGGCCAAGGUCGUGGAAGAGAUCAUCACCACGGAGAGGGACUACGUCCGCCACUUGCACGACGUUUGUGAGGGUUACAUCAGCCAGGCCUUGGACCGGCCCGAGAUGUUCUCAGAGGAGGUCGUGAACACCCUCUUUGGUAACAUCGAGGAGAUCUACAGCUUCCAGAAGGGAUUCCUGCUCCAGUUAGAGGCAACUAUCAUCCAAGACAGACCCCAGCUCACCAGGAUAGGAGGAUGCUUCCUGGAACAUAAAAGCGGCUUUGAGACCUAUUCAGAAUACUGCAACAAUUAUCCUAACGCUCUGCGGGAGCUCAAACAGCUACGGGAAAAGCAGAAGUAUGGUCAAUUCUUUGAGGCCUGCCGACUCCUCCAGAACAUGAUCGAGAUCAACCUAGAGGGCUUCCUGCUGACCCCCGUCCAGAAGAUCUGCAAGUACCCUCUACAGCUCCGAGAGCUCCUCAAGUACACCCGGCCCCAACACGCGGACUACCAGGAGCUCCAAGAAGCUCUUGAGGUCAUGAAGGACGUGGCGUUGACGAUCAACGACCGCAAGAGACGCAUCGAGAACAUUGAGAAGAUCGCGGCUUGGCAGAAGGCCAUCGGCGACUGGGAGGGUGAGGAUCUACUGGAGAAGAGCACUCAGUUGAUUCAUUCCGGUGAAAUCACCAUGUUGGCUGGUAAACGGUGGACUUCCGGCAGGAGAGCCUUCCUGUUUGACCAUCAGCUGGUAGUCUGUAAAAAGGAUUGGAAAGGAACAUUAUUGUACAAGAAACGGAUUGAUUUGGAUGUCAGUGAAGUAGCAGACAUGCCAGAUGGCAAGGACUUGCAGUGGAGCGUGACGGUCAAACACGCCUUUAAGAUUCACGACACACAGCUGAACAAGCUACACAUCUUCUCCUGCAAGGGGGACAGCGAGAAGCAGGAGUGGCUUAAGAUGUUAGCCAAGGAACGCGAGUCGGUCAUGAAGGAUAGAGAAAAAGGGUUUAGUAUACCAACAGCGAUUCGUGAAGCUGCCAUGAAGAAUGUGAUGGGAGAUCAGCCGAGCAAACCACAAGAUGUGGCAGCAGUUGUUACACGUAAGGUCUCCGAGAUGCCAUAUGCCUAUCAGCACAAGAUUCUCAAAGCCCCCAACAAGAAAGUGCCUCUCUCGAAGGGAAUCUCCUCCACUGAUGUCUUCAAGAAGAAGGGCAAGGGGCUGUUCGGCAUCGGCAAGAAGUGAGGUCAGCUGGCUGUGACCUGACAGUAGAGGGAGCCCUGACUGGAAUGCCUGGCCCUCUUCCAAAAAGAUGUCAUAGAUCACUGGGCAAUAAGAAAGCGUCCUUACAAUAGAGUGUCGCUUCCAAAUUGCAGAUCCUUUCCACUGAUGUCUUCAAGAAAGACAUUUGGUGUGUCAGCUUGCAGUGACCAGACAGUAGAGGGAGCCCUAUCUAGAAAGUCCCUCUUCCAGAGGGGACGUCAUUCAGUGACAUCUUGAAGAAGUAAACUUUUGUCCGGCUUCAGCUAUAAGGAAUAUUUCGCUCUUACCCACGGCCCGCAGGGCCCUGGGAAGGGCUCUCUUUCUCAAAAUUUGUGGCCAGCUUGCUGCCUCAAUCAAUGCAGGUACACUCAGCGCGCUCGUGUCGCUCGGAAGUGUUUACCCGUGUUAUUAUUCAAACAAAUUCUAUCCAAUGACGACCCCAAGAAAUUACGUCACGCAUUCUAAAGAUAUUAGCCCUUCCCGGCGCCCUGUUUUAGGGCGGUGGGUACAACGAAUAUAAGAAUAUUGGCUGGCUAUAUCUUGACAGUAGAGGACGCCCUUUGAGGAUCACAAAGGAUUUCACUUAAGCAUAUAUUUUCUAAGUUCUCUCUCUUCCUGAUAUUUACUUAUAAAGAUUGAGACUUUGGAUAUUCGUGACUUUAUUUUUGCAAACUAAAAAAAAUGAAAGUUUAAUUUUGUGAAAUAGUUUAGUUUUGAUAACUAGUUUGUUGAUUGAUUUGUGAAUUACAUUAUUCAGACCAAUGAUUGGACUUAAUUGUUGAAUUGUAAAAGAGUGCCAUUUUGUCUUUUUUUUAUUGUCUUCCAAAGAAAUGCAUUUGUUACCAAUGUCCUUCCAAAGAUGCAAAAGUACUUUGAGUUUUCUUGACGAUAUCUGUAUAUACUUAGACGUGCUAUGUACAGAAUGAAAGAGAUCCUUCGAGGUUUGUAGGCCCUAAUUUAUUAUAUGAAUAAAAUUUGGUUAAAUUUGAAAUAAUUUCUUUGAUCAGCUGGCUGGUCAUUGCCAUAUCUAAAAUUAGAUUAAUUCACAACGGAGCAAGGCUUUGCCUGAUAAGGUGCUGAUAAUAAAACGGGGGCUCACUCCAAAAAUAGUCGGGUAGCCAAUUCAUCAACAUGUUUAGCUUUAAUGUUUAGUCCAGGAACCAUACCAUUUGCUAAAGUUUGACUACUCAGUUCGGCAAUUACUUAAAAUACAUACAGAUUCGAGUUCGUUUUCAGCUUUUUCCUUUUUCGUGAAAUCUUGACGUCGAUUAACUUUAUCAAGGUAAACUAUAGUCGAGCCAAAAUUGUCUUCCAAAAAAAAUGUAAGCCAUAUGGAUUAAACAGUAAUUCUGGUAUUUAAAUGUAGUACCAGGUGCUUAAUAUUCCAAUAUUUGUUUGAAAUUUCAAAAUGAAGUUUUUAAGGAUUUUCUGAGAUAUAAAUAUUUACUGUACAUGUACAUGUGUAUACUCUUUUUUUAUGUAUGCCUGUUGUAUACAUUAUGAACUUUGUAAAUUACUUCCAUAGUACCUCAGUGCUUGUAUAAACACUAUGCGAAACGUCUUGUGUAUGAUCUUUAAAGACAGUUUAUGAGAGAGAAAAAUAUAAUGGGUGCUUUUUUUACACUUUUGAUUGAACUGAUGACAUGUAAAUAAAAGAUUUUUCUUUCCAAA